CUCUGACUCACUUAUAGUCUUCGACUCUCGAUCGGACGGGAACUCAGGGGUCUGACAAGUAUUUUGCAGGACCUGCCAUUGAGUCCAAUACCGAUCUACCAAGAUGUCGACUUCCGCUGAUCAACAGAAGCCGGAAUCGGUUUCCAUCACGCCCCUCCUUCAGAGGCUUGCAUACCCCGCGACAGCUCAAGUCGAAGUGAGCGCAGGGGAGAUUGCCUCGGCCUUUGCCCUGAUAUUUGAGAAUCGGCUGUCCGACAUUCAGGCAGCAGCUCUCCUCACACUACUUCAUUCCACGGGACGUGAUCGGGACGCAGAAGUCAUUGCGAAAUGUUCACAACGUAUGAGAGAUGCCGCAACCUCUGUCGACAAGGCCUCAUUGAGCCAGGUCAUUGAGACUCGGGGGAGAAAGGAAGGAAACUACUAUGGUGGAGUGUGCGACAUUGUUGGCACGGGCGGAGAUUCGCAUUCGACUUUCAACAUUUCUACAACCUCUUCGAUCAUCGCAUCGUCACUACUCUUGAUUGCCAAGCAUGGAAACCGUGCCCAGACCUCCUUAUCGGGCUCUGCAGACGUCUUGAAUGCAAUUGAACCAGUUUCUCCUAAGAUCUCGGACAUUUAUGCGGAGAACCUGGUUCGGGUGUACGAAAAAACCAACUAUGCCUUUCUCUUCGCUCCCAACUUUCACCCAGGCAUGAAAUAUGCUGGCACUGUCCGUCGUGCUCUCGGUCUGCGCACGAUCUUUAACCUCAUGGGUCCGCUCGCUAAUCCCGUCAACUGGGCCCUGGAGGCUCGUGUCGUUGGUGUGGCUUACCAAAGCCUCGGCCCCGUUUUCGUUGAGGCCCUGCGCCAAACUGGGGCUAAGAAAGCACUUGUGGUUUGCGGAGAAGAAGACAUGGAUGAGAUCAGCUGUGCCGGGCCGACUAAUUGCUGGGAGCUAUCGGAAUAUGACAACCCCUCCUACAAUGAUGACUGCUCCAGUGACGAGGAGUCCAACCCCAAGGCUCUUGUCAAGAUGCAGAUGUUCCAGAUUAAGCCGUCGGAUUUCGGUCUUCCAACCCACCCGCUCAGUGAGGUCUAUGGAAGGAAGUACCCCAAGGACAACGCCGCGAAACUCAUGAGCAUCCUCCGCAAUGAGCUUCCACGUGAUGACCCGAUCCUCCACUUUGUUCUCAUGAACGUGGCCGCCUUGUUCGUCACCUCUGGAGUCUGUGAGGCAGACACAAGCAAUAUGGGUCCAGGGGAUGACGGAAAGGUCGUCACUGAGCGUGGCCCUGGUGGUAGACGCUGGAAGGAAGGCCUUCGCCGCGCCCGCUGGGCCAUUGAAAGCGGGGAAGCGCUCAAGAAUUUCGAGAAGUUCAUUGAGGUGACCAACCAAUUUUAGUGGGGUCAAAACUAUACAGGAAGCAACAUCCUGAACGUACAGGGGAGAAAACCUCGUUUUAUUACAUCAAAUUCCACAUUUCGGUCGACUUUCUCUACCAGAGUCAGGAUUUGGGCAAAAUGUUGGUCAUGAACAAAGAAUGAUACCAAUGAUAAAAAGGAAGAAAUUAUAUAAUAGACGACAUUUAGAUGAUAUCUAGAUUUUUCCAAAUAAUCUAUUAGGCCCUGAAAAGGCG